CGCGGCAAUGAGAGAUCGCCGUUGCCGGAAUUUGACAUACUGAUACGGCAGACCACAGUGUGCAGCAACAAGUGUCCAGACUACGUAGAAAUGAGCAAAGAUGCCGUAGAGGCAGAACCUAUGCACCCUGAAGGACCACUGGGUCCGUCAGCUGCAGAUGGGGAGUCUCCCUUGUCCUCUCAAUGUCCUUCACCAGUUUCCAGUGAGGGGCCCUGUGUGGCAGAGCUUGCUCCCGCUCUGGACUCUGCAAGCGCUCUUUUGGCUCGUUCGGAUAACCAAAUGCAGCCGGAUUUGAUUGCCGAAACGCGGCGAAAAUCCUUUCAGAAGCAUAAAAAUGUGGUAUCACCGACGCAAGCUGGGGACAGUUUACGACGAUACGGUGAUGAAGUCCCGACGUCCAGCCGCUGGACACAUCAUAAAAAACACUUUUUUAUUCUAAGCAGCGCCGGCAAACCUAUUUACUCGAGAUAUGGGGACGAAGCCAAGCUUUCGAGCUUCAUGGGACUAAUUCAAGCAAUAUUGUCAUUCUUUGCAAGUGAUGAUGACUCUAUCAGAUGCUUGAAUGCCGGUUCGCACAAAUUCGUCUUUUCAAUGAAAGGACCACUAUACUUGGUUGCAGUUUCGUCGACCGGCGAAUCCGAAUUGCAGUUGCGUCAACAAUUGGAAUGUCUUUACGCCCAGAUCCUCUUCGUCUUGACCGGAGCUGCGCUGACCCGUAUAUUCGAAACGAGAGGGAAUUACGAUCUGCGAAACCUUUUAUCAGGAACGGAGAUGUUUUUGGACCAUUUGUCUGGCGCGUUUCAAAGUGGGUCCGGUUACUUUCUGGGUGCCAUUCCAUGUCUUCGAAUGUCGUCCCGGUUACGGCAGAAGAUUGGAAACGUAUUGGCCAUAGGGACGCCCAAGUCUCUUGUGUUUGGGAUUCUGAUUGCCAGGGACAAGUUGGUCACCCUAGUCCGUCCUAAGCGGUACAGCCUUCAUCCAACAGACUUGCACCUUGUUAUGAAUAUGAUUUCGUCUUCAUCCGGAUUCCGUUCGGUGGAGACUUGGACUCCUGUUUGUUUCCCUCAAUUUAACAACCGAGCUUUCCUCCAUACCUAUGUGUGCUUCCUUGGGACAGACCUCUGUUUGGUCCUCGCCUCGACGGAUAAGGACGCUUUCUUUGAGAUGUCGGAGUACAAACAGCAAAUUUCCCAGGGACUGGAAACAACUGGGUGCGUGGAAGCCAUUGACGACGCAAUCAGAGCUGAUCCGUACAGUAUCGUCGAGGUGGAAGUGCCAAGUUUGCGGCACUUCAUCUAUAAAUCAACCACGCUCGUCCAGUACACAGAGCCAUCACUGUCUGCCCCUUAUACACGAAAAGAAGAUAGACGACGACUAUUGCGCGCAUAUCAGUACGCCUUAGAAAGAAUGCAUGCUCGCGAGAACCCGGCCAGAGUCAUCUUCCAUGCGACUCCUACUGAAGCCGUGAUGUCCUAUUCAACUCCCACACACGAGAUAUACGCGUCUUUUAGCCCUUUAGUUUCUAAGGCUGCUGCAAUGGAAGGUAUCGCUGGACUCCAAAAGUGGAUCAAGCGUGAGGAAUCGUCCAUUUUUGUACCCUCCGCCCCUGUUUUUUGAGUAUUAUGCGCCCAUCUUCAGAAUAUCCUUGUUCUCAAUAGUAUACGUGCCAUCCUUAACCUCUACCGUUAUACCUUCACCUCCACCAACGGCCCAGCGACGCAUGGCACGGGCACAACUACCAACUGGAGUCGACAGACCAGUCCAUCUCCCGAA